AUGGUUCUCAAGACGGAACUUUGUCGUUUCAGUGGCCACAAGAUUUACCCAGGCAGAGGAAUUAGAUUUAUCCGAUCUGAUUCUCAGGUGUUUUUGUUCAUUAACUCGAAGUGUAAGAGAUACUUUCACAACAAGUUGAAGCCUUCCAAGCUUUCAUGGACGGCCAUGUACAGGAAGCAACACAAGAAGGAUGCAGCUCAAGAGGCUGUGAAGAAGAGGAGACGUGCCACCAAGAAGCCAUACUCAAGGUCCAUUGUUGGUGCUACCUUGGAAGUGAUUCAGAAGAAGAGAGCUGAGAAGCCUGAAGUUCGUGAUGCUGCAAGAGAAGCUGCUCUACGUGAGAUCAAGGAAAGAAUCAAGAAGACGAAAGAUGAGAAGAAAGCUAAGAAGGCAGAGUUUGCUUCUAAGCAACAGAAGGUUCAGGCAAAGAUCCCCAAAGCUGCUGCAACCAAGGGUCCUAAGUUGGGAGGUGGUGGUGGUAAACGCUGA